AUGUCUCAACAGCAACAUACCGAAACCCCUGUGGAUCCCUUACGAGCGAGCAACAAGACAAUAGCGGACCUAGAGGAGACGAAGGGAGCGAGCCCCGCACACACUUCGGCUCAGAAGAGCUCCCAAGCGUUGGAAGCAUCCAAUGCUGAUACCAGCCAAGACCAAGGCGUGGAGGUAACGCCCGGGGAUGGUGGAUAUCCUGGGGAGCAAAACGGUAUCUCGCCAUCUGGAACCAACCUAGGCGGACCUUUGCUCUCAUUCGACGAAGAUGGCCCUGGACGGGAGCUGAAUGCCAGCACGGGCAAAGGUACGGAGGAGGCGGAGCAACCAAGGUCGCGGUCACCAGAUGCCGCAGGUUCAAUAGCUGCACAGACGGCUGCCCUGUCGCUGAACCGAGGCGGCCGCAACGAUUUGGCCAACAAACAACGGGUCCGCUCCCCUACACCUCCACCACCGCCCCCGAAAGAUGAGAAGUACCUAAAUCAGCGCGAAGACGAGAUGACGCGGUCAAAGUCACCCGGUGUGGUGCAAGGGCAGCAGAUGGUCAAUAGUGCGCCUGGCACGCCAGAGGUGGAGUACAAUGAGAAGUAUCCGCUAGAAGCAGGGGAUUACGCUGCGGGCCAAGAGGAGGGCAUGGGCGCGGUGGAUGACACCAGGUCGGAAAUACAGAGCAUCAUGGAGCAGUUUGACGAGGGCAUGGGUGGAGCAGGUAUGCAGGAGAUCAUGUCGCCCCGUAUGGAAAUAGCGCAGCCGAUGCUAGGAUCGCCAGUGUCCCAUCCCCCGCGAAAGUCAAGUCUCGAGCCACUCAACAAAGUAACCUCCUCAUCAAGCGUCGUCUCCGGCUUUUCGCUAGAUCCAGCCUUGCAAUUACCGCCUCGAAGAUCAUCUGUGCAAGGGGCAAGCGCUGAGGAUGCAUCCAAGGAGCAGUCUGGAGAUCCGGAUCGCACCUCCUCUCCAAAACAUUCGGUCUCAAUACACCAACCACCUCCACCCUCACCUGAUCCAGAACCAGAUCUCCCAUUCGACUUUCAUCGCUUCCUAGGCCAACUCCGGCAUCGAACCGCCGACCCUGUUGCCAAGUUUCUGCGCUCCUUCCUGCUGGAGUUUGAGAAGAAGCAAUGGAUGGUCCACGAGCAAGUCAAGAUCGUCAGUGAUUUCCUAGAAUUCAUCAGCAAGAAAAUGGCGCAGUGUGAGGUCUGGCGAACGGUGUCAGAUGCCGAAUUUGACAACGCGCGAGAAGGCAUGGAGAAGCUUGUUAUGAACCGGCUAUAUAAUCAGACUUUUUCGCCGGCUAUUCCGCCUCCAGAGCCAGCCCCAGGCGGUAAAAGCAGGCGAAGAGGAGCGCAACCGCCAUCUGGUCCUGGCAGAAGAGGCCAGCAUCAGGAAGAUGUGGAGAGAGACGAGGUGCUAGCACAGAAGGUGCGGAUUUAUGGAUGGGUAAAGGAGGAACAUCUCGAUAUCAAGCCAGUCAACGACAAAGGAAUGAAGUUUUUGAAGUUGGCUCAGCAGGAGAUAUUGAAGAUCAACAGUUACCGUGCACCUAGGGACAAGGUCAUCUGCGUGCUUAAUUGCUGCAAAGUCCUUUUUGGGUUCUUACGCAGUUCGCAAGCCGACCAGUCCGCCGACUCAUUCGUACCCUUACUCAUCUACACCGUUCUGCAUGCAAACCCAGACCAUCUUGUCUCCAAUGUUCAGUAUAUCCUCCGCUUCCGCAACCAGGACAAGCUUGGGGGUGAAGCCGGCUACUACAUCUCUUCUCUGAUGGGCGCCGUCCAAUUCAUCGAAAGCCUCGACCGAACCUCCCUCACCAUCUCCGACUCCGACUUCGAAAAGAACGUCGAAGCCGCCGUCUUCGCGAUCGCGGAGCGUCAACCCGCCGAAGAGGAACGCCAGCGACCAAGCACCCACCACCGCCGCCAACUCUCCCAACCCCGCAACGGCUCACCGCACAUGACGACCCUCUCCGAAAAGUCCACCCUCGCCCGCCCAGAAGUCACCCCCCGCAACUCCCUCGAAGCCGAGCGCUCCUCCCCGCGCCGCUCCGCUUCAACGCGGAACGGCCCCACCACCGCAGAAGGGGACCGCAGCAAAGACGAAGAAAACGCCGCCGUUGCUGGCCUCCUGCGCACCAUCCAACGCCCACUCUCGACGAUCGGCCGUAUCUUCUCCGACGACAGCACGCCGCAUAUCGCACCUCCGCCACACGGGCCGGGUCCUGCACUGACGCCUCAGCCGGGAUCGACGCCUCGACUCUCGCCUGCGCUGCCGACACAGCCGCAAAGACGGAGUAGUGACGAUGGGAGGGCCGCGGAGGACUCGGCUGCGCGGCAGGCGAGCGCGGAGGCGGAAGAGGCGAGGAGGAUUCAGCGGCAGGAGCAUAGGGUUGUGGUUGAGACGCUUGCGGGGAUGUUUCCGGGACUGGAUAGGGAGGUUAUUGGGGAUGUUGUUAGGCUUAAGGAGGGGAGGGUUGGUGCGGCUGUCGAUGCAUGCCUGGCGUUGAGUAAUCCGUAG